ACAGACAUACUCCACACAUUCCAGCAGGCAUUUCGUGGCUCCUUUCAUGUUUUAAUUAACACGACAGUGAUUACAGUCCCCGCUGUUGCAACACCCAAGAACAACAUGAAGUGCUAUGUGCAUACAUACGUGAAUUUAUGCACAUACACGUAUAUACAGAUAGACAUAUCUACGUGGCAACUUUCCGCUCUGCCUGUGUUCUGCACCUCGAUGUCUGACUGCUGUCUCAAAAACACAAUAACAUUAUCGAUCAAACAACAAAACUCUCAUUUGUGAUAUUUUUGGCCAAUUUACUCGUAUAUGGGGCUGUCAAUGUGGAUUUAACAGGUUUUAUGCACAAAAUUUUCAUCACAGUCGCGUAUUGAAUUUCAGCAAAAGUGGCCGGAAAACACGGAAAAAGUAAAAUCGUGGCCUAAAUUUUUAGUUUUGGGCUCUAAAAGUGCCUAAUGCAAAUCACAAUUAAGUGUUCAAAUUAUUUCAGAUUUCAAUAAAAUUCGUUAAAAUGGAUGAUCGUACGAUUGACUCCAUUUUUGCGGGUUCUCUGGAAUCCCUGCCGCCAGUUAGUUCGAAAAUUGUACGCAUUUUUACGAGUUCUACAUUCACGGAUACCACUAUGGAACGGAAUACAUUGAUGGCGAAAUGUUAUCCACGUAUUAAGGAUUAUUGCCGUGAAAAGCAUGGUCUGGAGUUUCAGGUUGUCGACAUGCGUUGGGGUGUUCGCGAUGAAGCUACCGACGAUCACAUGACCACGGAAUUAUGUAUGCGCGAAAUUCAGAAUUGUCAGCGACUUUCUAUGGGUCCGAACUUCAUUGUGUUUUUGGGUCAAAAAUAUGGCUAUCGGCCAAUACCGACUUACAUUGUCUCAUCGGAAUUGCAAUUGAUUUGUGAAGAACUCACUUCGAUGGGUGUUGAUCGGGCGCUACUAGAUUUGUGGUAUAAAAAGGAUAGCAAUGCUGUGCCUCCAAUGUCGGUUUUGCAACCGAUCUCAUCGAUUUUGAUAAACUUCAAUAAUAAGCGUGUUCCGAAGCUACAAGCUGAGGAUCAAGCAGUUUGGUGGGAUACCCUCAAUAAAAUGCAAAAAUUACUUAGAAAAGCUGCAGCUUCUUUGGGGGCUAGUGGAAAGAUGGAUAAGGAAUGUGUACACAACUAUUUCAUGUCAGUUACUGAACGUGAGGUCAUCAACGGCAUAUUGGACGUGAAGAAUACCAAAAAUCAUUGCUUAGCUUAUGUGCGUUACAUCAACAAUAUCAACUUGCAAAAUCUGAAGAAAGCUUCGCUUUUUGUGGAUAUCAUAAAUCGGAGUUUGGAUACGGAAUCGGCUAAAUUGCUGGGCGACUUACGUGACGUGCGUUUGCCGAACAAAAUCGAAUCGAGCAAUAUGCAGAAAUAUACUGUUGAGUGGAUAGGUCGCGAGGGUCUGGAUAUUGAAACGCACGAGGAGUAUCUUAAUCACUUCAUUUCACAUUUCUACAAGAACAUCGUCAAGUUGGUGGAUCGUGCAAUGCGCAAAGAAGACUCCAGUGCACAGGGGCAGAUAGUGACUGAAAUCCUACAGCAUUUGCACGCUUGUAAUAAUUCGGUAAAAGUUUUCUAUGGACGUGAAGAUAAUUUAGAACAUAUCAAGCGCUAUAUGCUGGGGGAUUCAGAUAAACCACUUGUCCUUUAUGGCGAAGGAGGUUGUGGCAAAACGUCGAUGUUGGCAAAAAGCGCUUCGCUCGUCGCAACUGAAUGGUUUGCUGAUAAACGGCCCAUCAAUGUGAUACGCUUCUUGGGUACGACACCGGAUUCGAGUGCCCUGACACCGACAUUAAUUUCGAUUUGUCAGCAGAUAUCUUACAACUAUAUGCUACCGUUCGAGAAUAUACCCGACGAUCUUGUACCUUUAACGGCGCACUUUAAGCAAUUACUAACUUAUGCAAGCGUGAACCAACCGCUAACCCUGUAUCUCGACUCGGUCGAUCAGCUGACGGGCACACAAGACUCGAAUAAAGUAUCGUGGAUACCGACCCGUUUGCCACCACACUGUAAGAUCAUCAUAUCCUGCGCCAACGAGGAGUCGAAUCCGACCGUUUCCCAGGAGUAUUAUGUAUUGCGCAAGAUGAUCGAUAUAGAAGAGAACUUCAUCGAGGUAACAGCUCUGGGCGAAGAUCUGGCAAUGAAUGUGAUCAAAAUGUGGAUGAAGACGGCAUGUCGCGAUUUAAAUAAUUAUCAGUGGCGUUUGGUGGCGAAUGCCAUAAGCAAAUGUUCCUUACCCAUAUUCGUUAAGCUGGUUUUUGCCGAGAUUUGUCGCUGGCGCAGCUAUACAAAACCGCAGGAGACACAUCUCGCCAACACAGUUAUGGACUCGAUUAUGAUGCUCUUUGAACGUAUUGAAAAACAGCAUGGUCGUAUUUUAGUUUUCCACGCUCUGGCCUAUAUAACCGCCGCCAAAUCGGGUCUAUCCGAAAGUGAAUUGGAGGAUCUCAUAUCGUUGGAUGACAAAGUAUUGGAUGAUGUAUAUCAGUACCAUAUGCCACCAGUGCGUCGUAUACCACCGCUGUUGUGGACACGUAUACGUAACGAUUUACCCAAUUAUCUCAGCGAACGCGAAGCGGAUGGCGUUAAUGUGAUGAAUUGGUAUCAUAGACAAUUCCGAGAUACAGCUAAGGAGCGUUACUUCAAAAAUAUGAAUAUGGCUAUGUAUUUUCAUUCGAUGAUUGCCGAUUACUAUCUGGGUAUUUGGGGUGGUGGUGUGCCGAAGCCGUUUAGGUAUACAGAGAUACAGCGACAUCGUUUCGGCUUAGCGGAGAAGGAGGGUUCAGCGGACAGAAAGGUUCCUAUACAGCCAUUAGUUUUCACCAGCAAGGAUGGCAGUUCAAAGCGUUAUAAUUUGCGAAAGUUUGGCGAAUUACCAUUCCAUUUCGUACGUUCGCGACGCUUUAAAGAUCUCUUCGAACAUGUGCUCUUCAACUAUGACUGGUUGCAUGCGAAACUUUCAAGUUGCCCACUACAAGCCGUGUUGGCCGACUUCGAAGAUGCCUCAGCGAAUACGGACAAUAAAGAGGCGAAGCGUGAAUUGAUGUUGGUGGCGGAUGCUCUGCGUCUGGGUGGUGCCAUACUCGCAGUCUAUCCGAAUAUGUUGUCACCGCAGUUGAUAGGUCGCCUACUGCCCGAGAUUGGUGGAAAUAAUAAUAUUAAAAUGUUACUGCGCGCUUGCGAUCGCUCUGGACCAAAAGAUUGUUCUUUAAUACCAGUAAAUCAUUGUUUGCAUACGCCAGGUGGUCCGCUGAAAUACUCUUUGGAAGGUCAUCAGUUUGCGGUUUUCGCCUUCUGUCUCACAAGUGAUCUUCGUUACAUGGUUUCCAUUUCCACGCAUUUCAUAACGUUCGAUCUAUCAACAUCGGAUCUGACGCGUGAUGUUAACCCAGGUAUUGAAGGUAUUAUGCAACAGCUGGUACUAAGUCCAGACAACAAAUGGGCUGCUGCGUACUCCAAUAACAAUCAGACGGUAUUGCUGAAUAUGCUGUCCAGCGAGUUUGUGGUGAUCGACAGUCCGUUCGAGGAGGAAGAUGGACCAGUUAGUGGCCUCUAUUUGUUAAACCAAAGUCUCUUUUUAACUUGCAAACUGCGUUGGGCUCAGUUCGAUAUGCGCGGUAAUUUGGUUGAUGUACACGAUAUACCUGGCAAUGUGGUUGAUUGGGAGAUUUUAAGCAUGGAGUUUCUGCGACCAAACGACUACAACGUUAUAUUUUGGUCCGGCUCUAUUAACGAGACUCGACUCCGUCUGGAUUCCUGUCGCCAUGAGGCGUACUCGGAACCUCUGAUGCUAUACAGUGCCAUGGCAAUCAAUAAGGCACGCAAUAGGAUUUACGCAUGCGCAAAUGAAAAUAAUUAUCAGGUAAGCGUCUUUAGUUUCGACGAAAGUGACUCCUCAGACUCCAUCGCCUGGACACUUGAAGACCAAUUGCCCAGAUUUGAGAAUGACGAAAAGGAGAUGUUGCUGCAGCUACGCUUAGAUCAAGAUGAUCGAAUGCUACUCGGCACUGCUGGCAAAGGUUUUGUUAUAUGGGAUUUCGGCAAGGAUGGCGAACGGCUGAGUGAAGAUUCCAUGUACUUUGCGCUACCACACGGCGUGCGCAAUAUCACCACGCGCAUCAUGCAAUCCAAUUCGAUUAUGGUCAGUUCUAAAAUGGAUUAUGCUGUGGCGGGUGUGCGUAAGAAUCUAUAUGUCUGGUGUUUGCAUUCGCGUCAACUGGCAAAGGUGCUGGAUGCGCAUUUCGGACGCAUCAUACAGCUUGAGGCGCUAACCAUUGGCAAUUGGAAUAAUGUUGUGACGUCAUCUAUUGAUCGUUCGGUUAAAGUAUGGAAUAUAAAUAACAUUUUCGAAAAGGUGCACGUGAUUGAUCGACAUGAGCUGCAGAUUGACAAUAUAAGCCUAUCCGAAGUUGAUUUGGGCGUCACAGUUACACGUAGCUGCGUUGGCGUCUGGGAUACGCGCUCUGGUCGUUUACUUGCCAAGCUGGCAGAUAGUCCUUUGGGCGCAAUUGUUACGCACGCGGAAAUAACGCCCGACGGUCGUUAUAUUAUUUCCUCAGAGACAGGAAAAUUUCUAAUAUGGAAUCGUAUUUCCGAACAAGUAAUCUAUCGCGACGAUCAACCGGGUAUACAGCAAAUAACGCUUAUGGAUUAUGGUUACAAAGUGUUGACGGUGUCGUGUCCGAAUAUCAAUAAUAAAGCAGCAGCGGCGUUGGCGGAGGCAGCAGCUGCUGCGGGUGAAGAAAGUAAUCGACUGACGGCUAUAACUAUAGUGCGUUCGGUGCCGGAAGGUACUAUACUCUUUCGGUUCGAAUAUCCCAUACGUAUGGUGCCUGGCUUGCCAUUUAGACAGUCCGUCAUAUCGGCUGAUUCGGCUUAUGUGAUCGUUUGUACCAUAGACAAAGCGAAUAAAGACUGUUUGGCGGUAUACAGCGCUACUAAUGGAUCAUUUGUUUCGAAAAUUUUACUAAAAGGUUGUGCAAUUAAGGAGGUGAUUUCUUUGGUGCCAAUGCCGCACAAAGCCAAUCAGGUGGCUGUUAUUAGCAGUGAGAAGGGUAGUGUAAUGGAUAUUAAAAGUAAGAAACAUGUGCGUUCCAUACCUAAAUGGGGUGGUUCAAUAACGAGAGAUGGCAAGAGUGGUCUGUAUGCGCCUACAAGGGGCGGCCUAGAGAUGCUGGAAUUACGCAAAGGCACCACUAUCAAGACAUUCAUACCCAAAGUGGCAGAGGGUGUGUUUUCUGUAAUAUGCCUCUUCACCGAAAAUGACGAGUAUGUUUGCUAUUAUCACAGCGGCCGCAAGACGAUACGUGUAUUUCGUACUUCCGACACCGAAAUGAUUGCCAACUAUCGCCUGCAAGCAGAGUUGACAGCAAUAAAGAGCAGCAAGGAUGGACGUUGCAUUGUCUUGGGCACCGUCGACGGCUGUAUGUCUGUGCUGGCGAUUGUCGAUCCUCAAAAGGAGGAAAUGUUCGAGUAUUUGAAUCAAUUGCCAUCGCGUGAUGAGAACUGGAAAGCUAAACUGGCAAAGCAGAAGGCGCGUGUCGGUUUUAAGGCCGCCAUACGUGUGGCUACCAUCUCUUCACGUUUCGAUAAGAGUAAUAAAAGUUCGCCGGGAAAUGGAGAGGCUGGUGAGGUGGAUGAAGAUGGUAACCCCGUGGAGAUUGCAUCUGUGGAGUAGUGUACAGUGCAGUUAUUGAAUAUUUUCUUCUCUUCGUAGUAUUAUAAAUGUGCUUCAGGGGUUCAUAUUCAUAUACAUAUGUAUGUAUGUAUGUAUGUAUGUAUGUAUGUAUGUAUGUGAAUGUUCCAUGAAUGCACAUGUAGAUGCUUUAAGCGCUUUAAGAGCAAUAUGAAAAGAACGUACAAAGUUAUUUGUUAUAAAUGGUUAAAGAUGAGUGAUGAAAAAAUGUAUUUAAUAAAAUUAGCUGCUUGCUAUUAAAUGUA